ACACACACACACACACACACACACACACCCUAGAACCCGCGAGGUGCAAAAUUGCCUCCUGUAACUACCAAAACUUAACCAGCCACUCUGGUUGAUUUUGUCUUAACGACAGGACAGCAAAGAUUUUUACUGAGUCCUCGCUGACUUUUUUUAUAGUAUUCAAAUAUGUAUAUAUUAUACAUGUAUAUGGUUUUCCUUUUCCUCCUUUAAUUUCUUUUUUUUUUUUCCCCCCUGUGCAAGAAAAUCUGCUUGGUCCCAGGCAGCCGCUGCUGCUCCUUUGAUGUUUUGGUACGCCGUGCGCAUGCGCCUCACAUUAGAAUUACUGCACUGGGCAGACUAAGUUGGAUCUCCUGUCUUCAGUGAAACCCUCAAUCCCAUCAAAAACUAAAGGGAUGUGGAGAGUCCGGAAAAAGGGCUACUUUGGGAUUUGGUCAUUCCCCUUAAUAAUCGCCGCUGUCUGUGCGCAGAGUGUCAAUGACCCUAGUAACAUGUCCCUGGUUAAGGAGACGGUGGACAGACUCCUGAAAGGCUAUGACAUACGUCUGAGACCAGAUUUUGGAGGUCCGCCUGUGGCUGUGGGAAUGAAUAUUGACAUUGCCAGCAUCGAUAUGGUUUCUGAAGUCAAUAUGGACUAUACCUUGACAAUGUAUUUCCAACAAGCCUGGAGAGAUAAGCGGCUGUCCUAUAAUGUAAUACCUUUAAACCUUACUCUGGACAAUAGAGUAGCAGAUCAGCUUUGGGUGCCUGAUACCUACUUCCUGAACGAUAAGAAGUCAUUCGUGCAUGGAGUGACCGUCAAGAACCGCAUGAUCCGCCUGCACCCGGACGGGACUGUCCUGUAUGGCCUCAGAAUCACAACCACAGCUGCCUGCAUGAUGGACCUAAGGCGCUACCCACUGGAUGAGCAAAACUGCACCUUGGAAAUUGAAAGCUAUGGAUACACCACUGACGACAUUGAGUUUUACUGGCGCGGCGACGAUAACGCAGUAACAGGAGUAACAAAGAUCGAACUUCCGCAGUUCUCUAUUGUAGAUUACAAACUUAUCACCAAGAAGGUGGUGUUUUCCACAGGUUCCUAUCCCAGGUUGUCUCUCAGCUUUAAGCUUAAGAGAAACAUUGGUUACUUUAUCCUGCAAACGUACAUGCCUUCCAUCCUGAUCACUAUCCUCUCCUGGGUCUCCUUCUGGAUUAAUUAUGAUGCUUCUGCUGCAAGAGUGGCAUUAGGAAUUACAACUGUCCUUACCAUGACCACCAUCAACACCCACCUCCGGGAGACUCUCCCUAAAAUCCCCUAUGUGAAGGCCAUUGACAUGUACCUGAUGGGGUGCUUUGUAUUUGUGUUCAUGGCCCUUCUGGAAUAUGCACUGGUCAACUACAUCUUCUUUGGGAGGGGACCCCAACGCCAAAAGAAAGCAGCUGAAAAGGCUGCCAGUGCCAACAGUGAGAAGAUGCGCCUGGAUGUGAACAAGAUUUUUUAUAAAGAUAUUAAACAAAAUGGGACCCUAUAUCGAUCCUUGUGGGACCCAACUGGAAACUUCUCCCCAACUAGACGGACUACCAAUUACGAUUUCUCUCUGUAUACGAUGGACCCCCAUGAGAACAUAUUACUGAGCACUCUUGAGAUAAAAAAUGAAAUGGCCACGUCUGAGGCCGUGAUGGGACUUGGAGACCCCAGGAGCACCAUGCUGGCUUAUGAUGCGUCCAGCAUCCAGUAUCGGAAACCCGGGUUGCCCAGGCAUAGUUUUGGCCGAAACGCCCUGGAACGACACGUGGCACAGAAGAAAAGUCGCCUGCGGAGACGUGCCUCCCAACUGAAAAUCACCAUCCCCGACUUGACUGAUGUGAAUGCCAUAGAUCGGUGGUCCCGCAUAUUCUUCCCCGUGGUUUUUUCCUUCUUCAACAUCGUGUAUUGGCUUUACUAUGUGAACUAAAACAUGGCCUCUCAUGGGAAGCAAGGACUAGAUCCCUCCUCAUACCAGAUGUACAGCCUGACGUAGGACUUGGAAAACACAUCAAUCCAGGACAAAAGUGAUGCUAAAAUACCUUAGUUGCUGGCCUAUCCUGUGGUCCAUUUCACACCAUUUGGGUUGCUUCUGCUAAGUAAUGAAUACACAAAGGUCCUUGUGGUUUUCCAGUUACAAUGCAAGUGAUUUGUACACAUGCUGACAAGAUUGAGUCUGAGCGUUCCACUUUAUCUGCUUAGUAUGCAGCCUACACAGAGGGGAAUUACCUAGAAGACAUUCCUAGAAGGCCUGAUAGCACUGUCAGUCAUUUUGCCAAGAAGCGGUCAUAUCCAGAUACUUCCAUCUUCAUUCCUAAGGUUGGCAUGCUGUUGAGACGGCACCGUGCUUAGAAAACAUUACCCUCAGUGCCAUGUGAACAUGCUUAUGGAAGAUGGUCUGUGCCUGUCAUUAUUAAGGUGAUAACGGUGCCAUGGGAAGAUAAGUCCCACUGGAUUCUAGAAGGUUCUCAUGUAGUUCAAACAAGGUAGGGGGAGUCAGGACAGAGACUCAGGAAACCAACCUGGCCAGUUUCUGCUUGCGUGAACACAGGGUAUCAACCAUGACAUCUUCCAUUUUGACCUUUAGAGACCAGGAGACUUCUGAAAGUUACCAUGCAUGGUGGCCAAAGUAAUUUUUCCAGAAAGCUGUUUCCCAGAUGGUUAAAAGAAGAGUUAACAACCCAGAGCAGAGUGGAAAAUCCAGAAAUGACUGUUGUAACAAAAUUAAAGUAAGCAAGCAUCAUGACCCUUAUCGGCCCCACACAGCAUCUAGUCCAUAUAUAGUGUGUUCAGUGGCAAAAGGUAGAAAGACUUCUUUUUCCAGCCUCACAAGCUUUUGACAGCAUACCGUCAGAGGUUUGUAUAUUUUAUGUAAUUAAAAGACAAUCACAAAAGGGAAAAGUUAGCCGAAUGAGCAUUAUCAUAGCUGUAAGUUAGAUUAGAAGUCAUUUAAAUACGCUAAUACAGAGCACAGAUGAAGCGAGCAAACAGGUUGCUCUUCUCCCACAGUGGCAGCUGUCUGCAACAUUUCCCCGUAAGUUUCUUUCUGACUUUAAUAGGGAAUUUCAAAAGAAGGACUUGUUCGUUUCUGUAAAGGAUUAAUGGUCCUUUCCAGCCUUUCCUGCUUCUGAAAUUCUGACUAUAUUCUUAGGAGACAAAGUAAGGCUUCAGAAAGAUUGAGUGAACUCUGUCUCUUUAUGUGCAAUGAAGUUCACCCUUGUAUUUUUCACAGCAAACAAUACUUCAAACAUUAUGUGCACAAGUUAGUUCAUGGGUUUGUUAGGUUUGAUUUUUUUAAAAGGGUGCUUUCAUUGUGUAUGUUGCAACCUUUCUAAUCAAGGAAAAUAUGAAAAUGAAUGGAAAAAUAGGAUAACAACAAAGCCACAUUAAGAUGAUGAAGGUUAGGAGCCCCAGUUGAUACUGUGGGAAAAUAUUUAACUGAUAACCGGGUAGGCACGAUGUAUUGUUUUUAUUCCAUUUUUAAAUUUUGUCAUUGUGCUUCUUUCUAUACUAAUUGAACACCCGCAUUUCCUGUGUUGGACAGGAAGGAGAAUAAGCUCAUUUAUUCCCAUCAGUGUGAGGCUCGUAUUUUCCUUUUCUUGGAGAAAAUAGUGAAUUUUCCUUCAAGUUUGAUUUGAUUGAACUUUUUCUUGGAGGAUGACUUUGCUAUUUCUGUUUAACAAAACAAAAACCACUUCCUUUCAGAGUAACAUUCCUAAUUGUGCAUAGGCCAGUAUCUGCCUGUGGAUAAAAUGUUGUUUUUUCCCCCCUAAUGAUUCAGCAGUUUGGAAUAUGAUACAGUCCUGCUGCCCUUUUAGUCCAAGUAUCCAAGAGGGAAAAAAAAAGAAAGAAAGAAAAGAAAAAAUAAAAAGGUUUAGCAUUUAAUUUUCUGAAUUUGCCUGAAGAUCAGUUGGUAUUUUUCGUCCCCCACCAGCACAGGGAACUGUGGCCCUUAUUUUUUUAUUAUACACUUGAACACCUCUGAGUAUGAUCUCUGGGCAGAACCCAAACAAGAUUCUGCUUAUGGGCUCAGAAUGGAGAUUCUUCAAGUUUCUCCAGGGACACACUUUCUCCUAGGCAAUCAUUUUGGGGCAUCACACUGAUAAAAGUGCCUGCCCUUUGUUGCCAGGGGUUAGUCUGAUUAGCAUAUAGCAGGAAGGAGCAUAUCAAUACCUCAGGUGCGCACCUCCAAAAGGCCAUUCCAAAAGGUUUUUCUAGAGGCAGCUCAGAGCCCAGGUCUAGAAGUGGGUUCUUAUUUGCAAUUAUCACAAAAGCCAUAAAAUUCCUUGAUAUUGUCACUUAAAAAUUAGAUGUUCAGAGAAGUCAACAGAGUCAUCUAGAUCAAAGAGGAAAGAAGAAACUUAGCAGUGUGAGUGUCAAAAGCAUAUAACCAGGGAUUCAUUUCUGCUCCCAGUGAUAAGAAGAAACUAGGACAAGGAGAAAAGAUGGGACCUUGGAACAGAUGCCUAGAGCAAAAUCCAUCUAUUGGCAUUCAAUAACCACACAGGUAGAAACAACCAAUCACCCUGCCCGAGGUAACAAUAGAUAUAGAAUGUGUUAUUAAACUACAUUUUUACUGGGGUUGAAUUAAAUUGUAGUCACCAAAUUGGGGAAGGGUUGGGGAGGGGUGCUAGAUCUCAUAAAUCUACGAAGACCCGUCAGCUCCAUAUCCAAUGGUUAAAUUUAAGGACCACAAAAGUGUGUUCUGGCAAUUCUGAUAUGGUAGUACUGUCAGUUUAUACAUAUGCAUAUACUUUUGAUUAUAAAACAGCCAGAUAGCCAGCAAUUAAGGUGUUUUUUCAUCUCUGUGAAAUUCAUAGGCAAAUUCUGACUCUAAAAUGCACAGCCUAAAUGAAAUAUUUGCUCUCAAUCUGUAUAUAUAUAUAGUACAUGACUGCUAGUAGGUAUGAAAUGCAUUUUCAGAAUUGAAAACUCAUGCAACAUAAUCAUGUGUUUGCAUAGGGAAUGUUACAAUUCUUUCCACUGCAAUUUACUAACAGGAAAAGACUUCAGCAGUGCCAUCUAGACCUUUUCUCUUCUCAUUUCUUCAAAAGCAGUGCUAAGUUACAAAUAAUAAUAAUAAUAAUAAUAAUAAUAAUAAUAAUAAUGGUUUAUGAACCAAAAGACUUUACAUUCUAGCAUUAGGAACCACACAAAAAAACUGUCCGCUUAAAAAAAGCACAACACGUAGACAAAGUUCAGUGGAAAGCCUAAUGGGAAAUGAAUCACAUUUAUUUUAAGCAAGCCCUGCAUCGAAUUGGCAACUAAGACACUUUUCAUUUUCUAUAGAUAACUGUGUUCCACUUUUUUCAUUAGUUCCAUAUUCACCAACAAAAGCAGCCAAAAUAUCAACAAAACAACAGGUAUGACAACAAUGUACAUGUAUAUAUGUGUAUAUAUAGAUCCAUAUAAACAUACAUACAUAUGUAUGCAUUCAUUUGUGGUAAAACAAGAGGAAUAAACUAAUAUGUUUUAUUUCCUUCAUUAAACCAGUGUAUGAAUAUUUUUAAUUUGGCCACCAACAAAUCCACAUGUUGAAACAAGUGAUACAGGGUACUGAGCAUUCCUCUAGCAGCGAACCAAUGCCUACAGUUCCUACAAACCAUUGCACAGUUUGACACUACGAUUGCGCUGUACCUCAGAAAUUAACUAGUUCUCAGAUCGCUUGUCUACUUGCUCUCUUUUUCAAGGAAACACAUAACAUUGUCCAUUGGUGAUUUAAGAAUAAAACUGUCUUAAGAAAACAGAAAAUGAUUUUAGAAAAAUCCUUCUAGGAGGAGGAAAAAAAAAAAGAAAACUAAACCCCACCAUGUUGGUUAGGGCAAAUACUCUCAACUGUAGCAAUCACACCAUUUUGCUAAGUGUACAGAGUUCCAUGUAAUGUGAGCAACCAUCACUUUCACUGAGCGUAUGUAAAUAUUAAAACAGAUUUCUUAAAUAUUUUUAACUUCUAAUUUGUAUUUUAUGGUAAGGCAAUGUGCUAAUUCUGUUUAUGGCUUACAUUGAUGUGUUAUAAUAUUAUGUAAAUAA